CCCAGCUGGCCUCUGUGUUUAAUGCGUCCCCUUCUGCCGAAGGUUAGGCAGGAUCUGGGAGAUACCGUGACUGACCGAGGCUGGGAUGGGACGGACCAAGGGGGCAGGAGGCCCGGGUCCCUGUGGACGCCACCCCAACUUCCCCCCGGGAUCUCCAGCUGCCUGAAGCCUCAGAGGGUGUUUAUCAGACGCCCGAACAGGCCUGAGGCUCGCCUCUCUGCUCUGGGCUCACCCACUGCUGUCGCCUGGCAGGAACCAAAGCACAGUGGGCUGCCUGCACCAGGGGCUGGGAGGCCGUGCUCCCCAGAGCAGUGGCCGCUGCUAGUGGAAGGCAGCGUCCCCCCCAAGGACCUGCUCGCUGACCCGGGGCAGGGGUCUCCAGUGGUUCACCCAAGAGGCCUCCAUGUCCCCAGGACAUGCCCAUCCGUCCUCAGCCGGACCACCUGCAGGGCCCUGGGAGCCCGGGCAACAUGGCGUCUGGAGACACUGGGCUCACACGGUGGAGACAUGGAGGGAGCCACAGUCACCAAGUCUUGCGUGGUGGGGCUCCCAGGCAGCCUGAGGACCCAUGGACCAAGAGCCAACUGGGCACAGAGAAGCAAAGCACAGUGCCCAAGGUCACACACAAGGAGGGCAGAGCUUGCGGAAGGCUUGGAAGGCCUGAGCCGGGGCAGCGUUACUUCUGGACAAGCCCGCCCAGGUCCCAGCUGUGCUCCUCCCCUCUCCCAGACGCUGAAUAUUCAUCGCGAAAGUGGACAUCCUUGCUCCCUACCCAGUCCUGGUGGGAGGACCCUGUCUUUCUCCAUCAAGCACGGUGUUGGCUGUACUUGCUGGGAGUUCGCUGGUAUGGUGACCUCACCUACAGAGGCCCAGCUCCUGCUAGACAGCCCAGCGGUCACUGCCACCAGGGAAGAGGUCUUCCGGACCGGAAGACGCCUGCGGCCAGAGCAACCACACGGGCACCGUGACAGCAGCAGCCCCUGGGUUUGAGCAGCACCUGGCCCCUCCCGUCCGGUCUUCACAGAACACCUGUCAGGAGGAUGCCGUCACCACCCCAAUCCUGGCGGGAGGGGAUGGGGCUCGGGAACAGCAGGAGGCCCUGCUGCACAGCCGGGACCCGAACCCCAGGCCGAAGCCUUGCCCCCCCAGCCUUGGGAGCCCAUGGCCAUCAGCCAUCCUGCCCCUUCCGCAGUGCAGACGUCCUGCGUGUGGCCAUCUCCAGCCCUCCUGACGGUUUUCCUGUCACCACUUCCCCGGUGGCUGGAGGCUCACGUGCUGCAUCCUGACCCUGCGCCCAGCCUGCCCACCCUGAGCCCUGCACGAGCCUCCAAGCACACGGGCCAUCACCCCCUGGGGCCAGUGGAAGGGAAGGGCUGACCUCUCCUGAGCUUGGCCCCCGUCCCAGACCCCAUCACCACCCACCCUAAAGACAGAGCAGCCCCCGCCCAGGCCUCGCAGGUCACCAUUGGCCGCCGGGGUUUGGGAACUGGGCCGGCAGGGCACGAGCCUGUGUUUCCCCAAGGCUAGAGCCACACCCGGGGGUGGCCAGCAAGACGAGGGCCCUGAGGUCGACCCAGCGCCUCCGAGGACACCAGACCAGGGUGCAGCCCCUCUGGGGGUCAUCGCAUGCCAUCUACGCAUGGGCUGGGGUGGACCAGAUGGAGGCCGAGACCCCUCACCCCUUUCCCCAUUCUAACCAGGACGUGCCGCCAUCUGCUCCGGGUCCCCGACGCCAGCCGUGGGGAGUGACUGGCAGAGCCCCACCUUCCUGGCUUAGUAAAUGCAGCCUUUACACAUUCGCUUUAAAAAAAACAAACAGGGGCUUCCCUGGUGGCGCAGUGGUUGAGAAUCCGCCUGCCAAUGCAGGGGACACGGGUUCGAGCCCUGGUCCGGGAAGAUCCCACAUGCCACGGGGCAACUAGGCCCGUGAGCCACAACUACUGAGCCUGCGCGUCUGGAGCCUGUGCUCCGCAACAAGAGAGGCCGCGAUAGUGAGAGGCCCACGCACCGCGAUGAAGAGUGGCCCCCACUUGCCGCAACUAGAGAAAGCCCUCGCGCAGAAACGAAGACCCGACACAGCCAUAAAUAAAUAAAUAAAUUUUAAAA